CAACACAGCACCAGUCGGCAGCAGUGGCAGCGGUGACAGCAGACGACAGAUUGGUGGAUCCAGCCAAAGCUCCUGUGACAAGUAGUACGGUAGAAGUCGCCAGGGAUCGAAGAGGGCCGACGAAAAGCGAAAGACCAUUUUGUAGACCGCCCACCAGUAGCGGUGGGAAUGAGAUGAGACAGCAAGAUCGUCCAUCUGAUCAGAGUGCAAGGAAAGCAACAGGAGGCAAGCCAUUGUCCACCAGAUCGAAAGGGGCUUCCGACGAGUCAACCCCAUUGCUAUUCAGCGAAGAAGAGUCGGCACGUGUGAAAUUUUCUGACAAAGGCAUCACAACGACGGACGCACACAGCAGUUCGAAUAUUAGGGCGCGGCGGUCUUCGAGCAAAUCUCCGUCAUCGUUUAAUCAGCAUUUCCAGCAGGAACAUCAAGGCGAAACGACGGCGUUGACCAGCUCAAAUCAACCCAUGUACCAAGCCACCGCCGCGGAGACGCACCACGCUCAUAGCAUAGACAACAGCAACAUCAACAACAACCAUCUUCUGGAAGGAGGGGGGGCGACUGAUUACACAGAAAUCACUUACCACGCUAGUUCCAGUGCUCACAGUCAGGGGUCUCAACACAAUAAUCCUCAUGCUGAAGUAGAUGAUUCCAGUCAACACAGUCACUUGAUUUCUCGCACAUCGACAAUCUCGGCAAGGUCCAGUCUUCCUGUCCAAAGACGAGGGAUCAUACAGGGCUUGCAGAGAGGAGACUAUGAAGAGUCAGAGCAGGAUUUGAGCAACAGUGAAACUCACCCUCCCUUGCUGGAGAUUCCAGAGGAGAUUUAUGCCGUACGCAAGUCGGCGCUUCAAGUCCUCAAACCGCUGACAAGAACAUGGGUGGUGGUUACCGUUGGUUUCUCCUUGACGGUGCUUUUUGGAAUGACUCGAUGGACACGGCUGCUGAAAAUUCCAUUUUGGUUCAUCCUCUUACCGUCAUGGUGUUCACACGUGGGCCUCCUGGUAUGUCACCUUUUGUCAGCACAAGCUCUUUCAAAGUUCAUUUCGGAAGCCAAUGAUAGCAGACAACGCCCAGAUUCGAGAGACCACCUGAAUCGAACAGAGUAUCUGCCACUGCUACAGCGAUCACUCAAGUUUGGGUUGAAGACAGGCGUCCUUUCCUUCUUCGUCUUUGUCUUUGAGAUACUGAUCUAUGUCCAGUUGGCUUGGGGCACCGUCUCAUUUGCCGUGGUAUUAUUGCCAAUCUGGCUGAUUGUGAGUGGGGGCAUAUUAGAUGGGAUAAUAUGCAAAACGCAACACUUCCUGAGAGUCAUCUGCUGGAUACUGAUUUGCGUAGCAAUGACAUUGACGGUACUCAAGGUGGACUACGGCAUGGACAUUAUCCGGUGGCGUGUGGUUGUCAGCCCUGUCGUGGCACUGCUCAGCAUCAUCUCUGGAACGCUAAUAUACAUCGUCUACGGACAUCAGAUCGGAUACUACCAGCUCACAGAGUCACAAUUGACGGCCGGAAACCUAUAUUCGCUUGCAGCCUUGAUCUGCAUUGUCCUCUUCGUCGUGAUUGGUGAAGUCAUUCCUCUCACUCGACCUGUGGAGAUUGAAACACGGAUCUUCAUCGUUGUCAUGGCCCCGUUGGUGGUAUGCCUUGUGGGCAUGGGAGCGUGGGUGGUCAGUCGAGACGAAUUUGGACGGCUGCUCCUUUAUGGAGGGCAAGCAGCGGUCCAUCCCAUGAAACUCCGAUGGGAAGCCAAUGGCUGGACUAGCGUGCAAAGCAAAGGAGUGACUACAAUACCCAUGUUUGGUGAAGUAAGCUUUCGACCACUGGAACGAAAGAACUUUGCUGAUGACCCUGACUUGCUCGAAGGCUGCCCAUGCUGUUCCUGUUGCAAGCGAUGUUGUACGUGGUAUCCGUACGAAGACGAAGAACAAGUCGUUGAGGGAGUCGAGGGAAUUGAGAAUCAUCCAUAUCUUGCUCCAUCACCGCCUCCUGGAAUGCGGAUCAACGAUGUGUUGAGAUUCCGUUGAAGUUUAACUCUAAAGCUUCCAAGUAGCCGUUGCUUAUCUGUAAAGUAAAAGUGUUUCGUAGGCAUCCUUUGUGCCGGUAGCUACUAGAAAGGGGA